UCUGUUACUUUCUCAUGCAGCGCAGCAUUCGCCCUCGCGUUAGCUAUAAGAUGGCUCUUGCUACUUACUGGAGUCAUCGAUCAAUAGACAACAAGUCCAUCGGUUCCUGAACGCUGGCACAGCAAGUCCUCUUCAGGGGGUGCACAGAUACAGAAGAUCGCUCAAGCAAACCUCACAACUCUCAACGACCAGCUCACAGACGCCACAGUCCUCGACUUUUCGACCAUUUUUCAAGAUGAAUGCCCAGGAAACCGCCCACCACACCUUCAAAAAGCCUAUCGUCCAAGACCCAAUCGAGCGUCAUGAGCAACUUCGAGGCCCAUCGAAGCUAGAGCGUGAACUUGAAACCCGUCGUUUGACAGACUCCAAGCAUGCUCCACGCUUCUCAAUUGUUCAAUCCGAGCACUACGAAGACUGGCUCCAGAAUCCGCCGCACCCAGCAGGCAGGCGCCGUUCCUACCACACACUUGCGAGCACGCCAGCUUACCAGAGAGGCAAAGUGCCGGUCAAGAACAGAUUUGAGCCACUCCAGACUGAGGGAUCGAAGACGUGGGAACAGGAGGAAGAGUUUCGUUACAAGUUUUGAGUUGGUGGCUCCAUAGAGCGCGAUACAAGAUCAGUUCGGUUGAUACCUCAUAAGCAUGAUGGAUAUAGGAG